GAGCUAUAAAGCAGUUUCUUUUCUUUCCCCCUUUUUUUUCCAUCUGUCUAUCUACAUCUCUUUUUUUUCUGUAUGCCUUUUCUGUUACAACAAUUACCGUUCGAAAUCAUUGAACUGGUCUCUCAAAAUACAAGCAUAGAUGAUUUACUACAACUCAUUCAUGUCUCUAAAUCAUGGCAUGACUUCUUUCUUACUUUUCUUUAUCGAUCCAUGACAAUGGAUAGCCGAGAAAAGUUACAACGUAUCUUGCCUGCUGUGGUGGAUAUGGGUCAUAACGUUCGCUCACUCGCUUUGGAUGUACCGCAACUAUCUAACCAUGACAUUUACAACUUGACUAAAGCCUUUUCGGAUAUUGAUAGACUGUCUUGGAAACUCUAUUGUUUGGACUCUUCUGACUAUGUUGAUUCGGAAGCUCCCAUAUCGUUCAUUCACCCUCCUCGAGGUCUGUCACCCGCCAUACAUCAUGUAUUUCAACACUAUGGCUCUCGUAACCUGAGACAUCUCACACUUAAUACAUUGGAUCAUGGGUCUUUAGAUGUCUGGUCCAUCCUAUCUCUCUGUCCUAGACUCAAAAGUCUGAGUUUGUUGAAUUUAAAUGGUGAACAUGUCAUUACUCUGGGUUACUUGGAAACCAUUCAUCAAUACUGUCCUCAACUUGUUUCCUUGACAAUCAAAUGCAACAGAUCGGAUCCUAGUCCUGCCUUGUUACCUCAAUUUAGCCAGAAUGAUGAUCCUAUUGUCCUCUUACCCACUUUGCUUGAAUCCUUUUCACUGUCUUCCAAAUCUGGUUCCUCUAAAUGGCCAUUGUUAUUACCUUAUUUCGCCAUUAAAUACCCUUAUCUGAAACAUGUCCUGUUCAAACAUAGCGGACUAGGCAAAGAAGCUAAUGGAUACCAAUUACCCGAACGAGCUUAUGCCAUGUUUGCACGAUCUUGCAAACAUAUCAAGACUAUGCGUUGGAACAAGAUACAGAUGCAUGAAGAUGUUCCAUUGUUUUCUCAGGCUGAAUUUAACCCUACUCGAAUUGAAGGUUAUGAAAAUUUCUCGACUGCUCUUUUACCGGGAUCACCAUUGGGACACUCAGGUUUUUUGGAGGUACUAACUUGGCUGACAAUUGGAAAACCACCUGGAGAUAUCACACCAAGUCAAGUGAUUGGAACCUUAUCACGCUACAAGAAUUUAACGCAUUUGAAAGUACAAGAAGGAGCUUCGUAUGCUGUGGAUGAUAUCUUGAUACAUUGCCCUCAAUUGCUGAGUUUAGAUAUGAAGGAUGUGCAUGUCAAUGUUAGUGAUCUAGUACAAAAUAGUGGAGGGCAGCAUCCGUUGAAGAGAUUAGUAAUGAAACGAGCUUCGUUUACGCAAGAUGUAUUGAGUCAUAUUUCACAACAAUGUUUGAACUUGGAACAUGUAGAAUUAUUAGCUUGUUUUCAAACGGAUCGAAGAGAUCAAGUAGUGGUUGAUCUGAAUCGACAGAAACUCAAGACGCUCAAAAUUCAAGGUCUCCGUACAAAGCGUUACUAUGCUGGUUGCCGUAUCCGCUUUUUCUCUGUCAAUACAAAUAAUCAUAGCUCAUGGAAAUACAUGAGUGAUUAUGAAGUUCGACAUCAUGGUGUGGGACAGAAAAAGUGCUUUGAAAAGUAUCGGGAAAUGGAGUAUGCUAAACGAUUUGAUACCCUGGAUGAACGAGAUAUACAAGCAUUGACUUCGCUGGUGACGACAGAGACGUUAAAGGCUUGGGAUAUACAAGCUGUGAAAAGUCGUCUGCCUUAUACCUCUACCAUUCAUCCCGCUUCCUGGGCACCGGAAAACAUUUAUUACAGUGGUUUUGUCAACAUCAUGUGUCAAUCUAUAGAAAACCUGAUCAUCAAUCAAAAACCAAUUUUAGAAUAAUAAUAAAAAGGAAUAACUAUCACCCAUAAAAAAAAAAAGUAUUGCCAUAAUCCCUAUUGCUCAUUGUUUUGAUAAUUGAAAGUACGCAAAAAUAUUUAAAAUUGCGCAAGAUUGUUAC